AAAUGAAGUGAUACUUUUUAAAUUGAGUGGCGACAUCUAGGAAUAGUUUAGGCAACGACCACCCAUGACGGCUUAAAAUUCGGGUCAGAAAGAACAAAGGCGCCGACACGAGCUGUCUCUACUGAUUGAUAUCUAUGCUGUGGCUCAACAGUCUAUUGGUAAUGUUGGUAUCACAGAUUGACAUCUGUCAGAAGUGUCAACACAUUGUGGGGUUAAUUAUUUGAAUUGUGUGAAAAAUUUAUUGAAAACCAUGGCUGAUGAUGAGGAAACUUCAGAAAUACAAGAAAAAUUAAACACAUCAGACACCACGGAACAGCAAGAACCAUUAGACACGUCACAACUGGACCAACUUAUGAAAGCUGAUUUAGAGUACAUGUUGGAAUUCGAAACCCAAAUUUUCUUAGAUAUCAUUCACAAAGAUGGUUUAGUUGUAGCGGCCAAAGGUCUCAAUCUUGAUUUAAUUUUAUUAAACUUAUUCAAAGUAUAUAGUGAUCCUGGAAACUUAGUUCUAGUGUUGAACACCACAGAAGCCGAAGAAACAUACUACAUGAGCAAAAUCAACGACAGUAAUAUGCAUAAAACCACGUUUAACGUAAACACCACUGAAAGAGUGGACUCAUAUUUAUCAGGCGGUGUUCAUUUUAUCACAACUCGAAUUUUGGUAGUGGACUUACUGAAAAACCGAAUUCCUAUUGAUAAGAUUACAGGCUUUGUGGUACUACGAGCCCAUAAAGUUUUAGAAAGUUGUCAAGAGGCGUUUGCGCUGCGUCUGUUUCGACAAUCAAACAAAACAGGUUUUAUUAAGGCAUUUUCAAACAGUGUACAAAGUUUUACAAUGGGUUAUGGUCAAGUGGAACGAGUAAUGCGUGCUCUGUUUGUAAAGGAGUUGUAUAUUUGGCCCAGGUUUCAUUCUGUUGUUAUUCAAAGUCUGAAAGAACAUGAGCCCCAAAUUAUUGAACUACAUAUUCCAAUUUCAGAAAAUAUGAGUAAAAUUCAAACUUAUAUUUUAGAAUUAAUGAAUAUCACAGUUAAAGAACUGAAGAAAAUAAAUAAAACAAUUGAGCUUCAAGAAGUGACUGUGGAGAAUUGUUUAACCAAAAAGUUUCAGAAAAAUUUACAAAUGCAACUUGAUUGCAUAUGGCAUCAGUUGAGUAGUAAAAGCCGACAGCUUGUUGCUGAUUUAAAGACUCUGCGUCACCUUAUAAUUUCUAUGCAUUAUGCAGAUCCUGUAUCAUUUUAUUCCACUUUAUCAAGUUAUCGUUCAAUGGAAUAUGCUCAAACUGCCACAUGGGUGUUGUUAGAGCCUGCUGAAAUGUUGUUUUCCCAAGCAAGUAGCCUGAUAUUUACAGGAGACAAAGAGCUGAACCCGGAAUUUUGUCCAAAAUGGAAAUUUUUGUUGGACGUUUUAAAAAUUGAAAUACCUCACGAAAUACAACAACUGAAAACCAAAGAAAAUAAAAUUGUAAUACUUUGUGCAGAUCACAAAACAUGUUACCAAUUAAAUCAAUUACUAACACACGGCCCCUAUAAGUACAUGUUCUUGAAUGCACUUGACAAGAAAGUCACUUUUAAAAAACUUGGCGAUAGUUUUCAAAAAUGUGGAAAACUGGGUGAUGGUGAGUCAGCUCCAGAUCCACCCAAGAAGGCAAAACUGGAUAAAACUACUAAUGGGGAGGACAAAAAAUCUGAGGAUGAAAAACCAGAGGAAUGUGAAGGUAUUAAAGACAGUUAUGUAUUAACAAUGUCUCAGUCAAGUUCAACUGAGGCAAAAGAUGAAGAUGAAUUUGUUUUUGAACCACUGGAAGAGAUGGAAAACAUGAAUAUUACACAAAUCUGCCAGUCAAUCGCAGCCCCAACAAUUCUUAUCCAAACUUUCAAAGGAACCAAAGGUUCCAUGAAUCUUCAAAGAAGCUUAGAAGAAAUACAACCAACUUUUAUAAUUAUGUAUCAUUGUAACAUUACUGCAAUAAGAGAAAUUGAAAUGUAUGAAGCCCAUCGCAAACCGGAAGCGCCUCUCAAGGUUUAUUUUCUCAUGCAUGGUGAUACUGUAGAAGAGCAAAGUUAUCUAACAUCCAUGAGGCGCGAAAAAGAAGCGUUUGAGUAUUUAAUUCAAACAAAAUCGACUAUGGUAGUACCUGAAGAUCAGGACGGUAAGUCUGACCUGUGUCUAACUCUCCAGCGUAAUCUGUCAUCACCUACAAAGAACACUCGACAAGGAGGUCGUUCUGAAGAGGGGGGGCGCAAAUACGUGAUAGUUGACAUGAGAGAAUUUAGAAGUGACCUACCGGCGUUAAUACAUAGAAGAGGAAUUGACAUAGAACCCGUUACCAUCACAGUAGGCGAUUACAUUCUGACCUCUGAUAUUUGCGUUGAGAGAAAAAGUUUAUCGGAUCUGGUUGGAUCUUUAAAUAGUGGAAGAUUAUACCAACAGUGCACCCAGAUGUUUAGAUAUUACGCGCGACCCAUGCUUUUGAUUGAGUUUGACCAAAAUAAACCAUUUUCCUGGCAAAACCAGUAUAUGGUAUCUAGUGAUAGUAGCAACUUUGAAAUACAAAAGAAACUCCUCCUUUUGACUCUGCAUUUCCCAAAGUUAAAAAUUAUUUGGAGUCCGAGCCCGUACGCAUCAGCGCAACUAUUUGAAGAAUUAAAAGACGGGAAAGAAGAACCUAACGUUGAAUAUGCCAUGGCUAUUGGCGAUAAUCAAGAUUUGGAUAUUUUAGAAACAAAAUAUAAUAGUAGUAUAUAUGAUUUUGUUCAAAAACUACCAGGAAUUAAUUCAAAAAAUAUUGAUGCAUUUUUGCGUCAAGUAAAAAGCAUGGACAGCGCUAUACAAAAGACAGAAGAAGAACUGAAAGAAAUCUUGGGCAACAUGGUUGAUGCUCGUCUUCUUUAUGCAGCGCUUCACAAUGAUCAUAAUCCUAAAGAAUUAGAAACGAAACCAAAAGGGCAGUGGGCGAGAAAGAGGUUUGCCAAAAAAAAAUCAUAAGUUUGGUGUACAUUUUCUGAAAUUAUUUAAAUAAUAAUAAUAAAA